AUGCCUAUUCACCGAGUCGCGCACAGUCUGACCGUUUGCAUGUUUCCUUGCCAUUGUUGUAUUUCAUCAGAUCUCAGAACUUCUUCAUCCUCCUUUCUCUCCCCCACUCUCCAACUAUCUUUAUCAACUUUGUGGGGUUAUUGUCCCCAACCCGCGUGGAGCUUCGCGAUGCCACCAUCUUCUCACUCAAAACAGCGCGCCUUGGCCCUACCCAUAUUUCCAACUUUAAUAUCGUCAUCUCAUUGUGCUAACGGAAUGGUUUCCAUAGAGACGAAGCGUGUCGUGUCUCGCGGGGUGCGUGGUAAGGAGGACAGCUUGUACCUCAAGUGGAGUGUGGUCAUGAAUCCAAGCGAGCUCUUGAAAGAGCUUGUUGGCAACCGCGAGCAUGCUCGAGCCCUCUUCCAUGGACUGAGGCGCCAAGUCAAGUCCAUCCGCCACCGCUCGCAGUCCUACGAUGAUGGCCAGGUCACAAUCUAUGACCGUGUUCUUCUUCGUCUCUAUGACGAGGGACACACCAUGCAACACUAUGGCCUGCUUGAAUUCUAUCUGGCUGAGUAUCUGGGAACCAAGGACUGUCAGUCGGAGGAGGAGAGCAACUCUGUCAUUGCUGCCCACUUUGCUGCCCAGCGCAUCCUGGACAACGGCCCUAUUUCCGAAAUCCCAAUUACUGCAACCGACGGCGUGGGAGGUGCCACCGAGGCGGUCGAGACUGGCAAGUCGUCACAGGACUCUGGCGCAUCCGAGUCACACCAUAUCGACAAGCUCGUCCAGGUAUACCAGAAGGCGAAGGCCGAUUACUACAUCCUUCAGGUUUCUGAUAACUACCGGGAGCGAACUAACAGUGUCCGAUUUCUCCGUGACACGGCAGAGAACCUCCUGCGAUACCUGUUGUCAACCGACAAAGACCACAAUCUGAUUCCCGAAAUCGAAGACAUCAUCCAGGUUAGCCAGGCACAUGCAAGCCAACUAGCUGGUGGCCGCAAGCGCAAGUUUGAUCACACAGACAACGACUCGAUGGGCAGCCCAAGCCUCAGCCCCCACAGACCUCACAGAUACUACAGAGACCAGCGCGGAGAACACAACCGUCGGGACCGAUAUGUCCCCGACAGUAUCAUAUGGGACCAUAGUCACAAGGGUGGAUGGGACCAUAGCCAUGUCAACAGAAGGAUUGGUUGGGAUGGUCGUGCCUUGGACUCCUACCGUCCUUAA